AUCUAUGAAAGACAGUUACAUUCAUUCUAAAUGUCAUAAAGUUAUUUCUAAUAUGUGAUCAUCCACACAUUUCAAAAUUCAUAAUGGUGAAAGAUGCAUCGAAAAACAAAACACAAAAGCUCAUUAUACCAAAAGGAACAAUAGACUCGACAGACACAACUAUCAUAGAAAUUCCAGUCAAACUGCAUAGUCAACCUGUUGUCGUUGCCAAAAGGAAGACCUCUGAGAAAUCGCUUUUUCUCGAUGGAAACAGAGAAGCAAUCACCUUCAGGCCUCAUCACACAUUAUUAGAACCGGAAAGUUUUACAGAGUUCAAUGAAAAGAUAGUUGGUCAUCAAUCAACAAUGCUUGAAGACAAUAGACCAAGGGGAGCUCAAGUUUCUCGAACAGGAUUCUCAGAUGGUUUUCAUCAGCGACCAGUUUUUCGUGACCCAUAUCCAGAACCUCCGACUAGACCAUAUACUCAACCACCAGGUGAUAUUCGCCAACAACCGUUUCAAAGGCAACGCCCUGGCUUACUGUCUACCCAAGAUCUAUGCGAAAUCGCCACCCAAUUCCGAGAAGCUCGAAAGAAACUAGACAGAGUCAUCGCCCAAGCAUCCCAAGAGGCAGAUUGCUCUUCCGGUAAUACUUUACAGCCGUGUCUGAAACACAACCGUCCAGACAACGGAUCUGAAUCGAAACCUCACAGUAAUGUUCAGAAACAAAGUAAGCCACGUGAAUUAGAUCCGUUAUUGGUUUCCAGGGAGUUGCAGACGGGGACACGAGACAGACCGUUAGAGAGGAGGAGGUCUAACCGUGGCGAAGAGGUUAGGUACGAGAGGGAAAUGCAAACUGUAGAAAGAAGAAGAUCGAAAAACGACGAUUUUGACGAAUUCAGAUGUGCAGCCGGAGGAACAUCAACUCCAAUUCCAUCUAAAAGAACACAACAAGUUGACGCGGUCGAUUCUGCAGAUUCUUUAUUGGGAGACGAUGAACCGGAAGGCAAAAUUGUGACUGAUAAUCUAAUGGAUGAUAAACUUCCUAAGAAAAGUAGUAAAUCAAGUUCAGCGUUCAGAGAUCGUGAAGAAGAACCAAACGUUCAGGAUCGAGCUAAAAAAUUCACACCCCUCACUGAAACACCAACAAUGCUUGCACCUCAGGAAAUAGUAAAAAGAAGUUCCUUGUCUUCGAAGUCAAGAAUAUCCUCUGUGACUGCAGAAGAUGAUGAAGAUGAGGUGAGAGAUAACCGCCAAUCCAGAGUUGAAACUAAACCUCAGGAACAAGCGAGAAGUUCAAAAUCUUCGAGGUUUCAAACUUCUCAAUAUGCUGAUGAUGAUAAUGAUGAUGCAGAAGAUAUCCGCAAAUCAGGAUUUGAAACCAGAGUCUCUUAUAGACCGACCCCAAAGAAAAGUGAUUGCGCAACUUGCUGUCGUUUAAUUGGAGAUUUUCCGGAGAUGAAUUCGGUGACAAGCAUCAUACCUUCCGAAGAAUUGAAGGAAAUCAGGCGACAGUUUCAAGAGGCUACUAAAACACUGCAACAAGCUCUGUCAGCUCUUCCUUCCUCUGGUUUCUGUCAGUCAAGUUCUGGAACAUUCCCAUGUGAGAAGAGUAGCUAG